UCAUAAGAGCAGGACUGAUGCAUCAGUGAAAGGGUCGCAAACAGUGGAGCGGGGGAGCGGAUCUCAGUUAAUGGGGUGAUUCCUCCGCGCGAGGACGUAGAGGAGGUAUUUUAUACAGUCAAUUUUAAGUGACUUUCUAGGAGUAAGGAUGCCAGUCCGCCGGGGACUGGAGAGCGGACUCCCGCUUAUUGCGACUCUGGGUUAUAAACCCGUUCAGGUCGAUGCGCAGUCUUCCCGAAGUCUCCGCGUGUUUGGCGUUUGCACAGUGGAGUUCAGACCAAUAAUGCUAGACUAGUAUCACAUGUGUGAACAAGCUGUAAUAAAAAAUAUAUAUUGUGCAUAAAUAUGCAUGACAAAUACUAUCUCUUUUUCUGAAAGGAUUCUUCUCUAAUUCAAGGACUUAACGGAUUUAUGACAUCCCAGAUUGAAGACCUUGCGAAGAUGAUGGAUCGUCGUUUUUAUGCUGCACUGGUGCUGCUAGUUUUUUAUUGUGUUUUCCUCUCGGAUUCGGAAGCCAGCUCCUUGAAAACACGGGCUGAUCUCAACCACGCCGGAGAAACAGAGGACUGUCCAGAGAACAAAAUCGUGACAGUGGAGUACACCUGCAUGAAGGCCGGGGGUGAAAAGGGCACCUGCCUCAGGAGGAAGUGCUGUGAAGGACACAGGUUUGUGAUGGGCCAGUGCAUUCCAGAAAGCGUGGACGUGUGCGAGGGGUCCCCCUGUGAGCAGCAGUGCACCGACAACUUUGGCCGCGUCGUCUGCACCUGCUACCCCGGCUUCCGCUUCGACAGGGAGCGUCACCGCCGCCAUCAGCACCCCUACUGCCUCGACGUGGAUGAGUGUGAAGAGUCCAAUGGCACCGUGUGUGAACAGGAUUGCACAAACACACCAGGCAGCUUCCUGUGUGGCUGUCGUCACGGUUACAGCUUGGCGCCAGACCUUCAUACCUGCGUGGCCAGUAAAAGCUUGAGCUCCUCGGGGAAAUCAGACACCCUGAUGAGCAGCGAGUCCUGUUCAGUCACUUGUCAGGACUUUAUCAGCAUGAGGAACAGCCUGCUGCAGAUUAAACUGAGACUGGGCAGCACACCACCUAGUGGGCAGAUACCAUCCCCUGACUUGGCCAACCGCAGCGACAAGCCAUCCCAUGGAUGGAUGGGCAAAGGGCCGGAUGCCCUCAACCUGCCUGGUUCUCCAGGUGCCCCCGGGCCCCCAGGGGUCCCAGGACCCCAAGGAGAGCAUGGAGAGAAGGGUGAACCAGGCUCUAGAGGCCCCGCUGGCCCCCAGGGGCCACGUGGUGAUAUGGGCCCUAUGGGUCCCGAGCCUGACCUGUCACACAUCAAACGUGGGCGCAGGGGUCCAGUGGGACCUCCUGGAGCACCUGGGAAGGAUGGACAGAAGGGCGAGAGAGGUUAUCCAGGACCCAUAGGUCUAGCGGGACCCCCGGGAUCGUUCGACUUUCUCUUGCUCAUGAUGGCGGACAUUCGCAAUGAUAUAAUCGAGCUCCAGGAGCAGGUGUUUGGGAGGAAACGGGACAUUACGUUCGAAAGCCCUCCCCACUCCUCCGGGGAGACGAGCUUUGGGGACUGGGGUUCAGGGGGGGAGGAUUUCCCGCUGGAUACCUGACCCCCAGACCUGUAUUAACAGUGAAACAGACUUGGCAUCCACUACGUCUGCAAGUCACAGGAGGUGACUUUCCUGUUGCACACAAUCCUAAAUGCCGAAUUACGAGAUGGACAGACAGCCCGUCUGCCUCGCUGCAUUUGUGGACACCUCGGACGCCUCUGACAUUAUGUCUGUCAAACUUUUCCAUACAGCAGGUGUGUGACAAAACAAGUUUUAAUGGGUCUUCUGUUGGCAAAGUAGUUUUCCCUAGAAUCUCACAUCCUUGGGGAGUGAAUGGCACUCGUGUUGUGUUUAGACUCCCGGAGAUAAACAUCUCUUACCAGAUUGGCAUCAAACGGUUACAGUAUGUGAAUGAAUGAAGAACCUUUGAGGUUAUAAAUAUCUUCUCUCCUUUGGAUUUCUUUGAGAGUUGCUACGUUCUGUCCUUGCCAGGGUUUGGUGAGUGUUCUUUCCUAGGAAGGAGCAGCUAUUUAUAUACAUAUAGGACACAGGUUCUCCUUAGGGCAGAAAAACAAUCAGAAACGUAAAAAAUACUUGUCCACAAGCCCUACUACCCCAAGUCACACAUAUUUACUGUCUGAUACUCCCAUGUCACCGCAUCUGCAUUUGAUAUAUGUGAUGAAAGAGGAAAGACUCUUGGGUGUGUGAUUUUAUAACCUGCCCUGCGUGAUUUUGGCUGGUAGCAGCACAACACCUUAGCAGCUUGAUAGGCCAAUGGGAACCAUUCUCCAGUAUGUGUAAGUCUGAAAUAUAUCAGACUUAGUAUAUCAUCAAAUUAUAAAGGCUAAGAAUGUGCAUAACUGUAAACAACAAUAAAGUACUCCAUUAAUGUA